ACAGGAGAGAGUGGUUCUGUGUCUGUGGAUUCCCUGCAGUCCCAGGUGUCUCUGUCCAAGCUGUCCUCGGGGGCCACGUACGAGGUCAGUGUGAUGUCCAUCAUGGGGAAGAGAGAGAGUGAUCCCCUCAUUGCCAUCAUGACCACAGUACCUGCCCCUCCAACUGUUCUCCAAGCAAUGAACGUAACAGAUACCAAGGCAGUGCUGCAAUGGACCCCCGCCAUGGGCCAAGUAGACCGCUUCAUCAUCAGUUAUGAGUCUGCAAAAACUCCCAAUGUAACAGUGACAGUGAUGGUGUCUGGUAACUCAGUAGAGCAGCAGCUGAGAGGGCUGCAGAGAGACACCGUGUACACAGUCAAAGCCCUGAGUCAGAAAGACAGUCUGCAGAGCACAGCCAUCACUACCACCUUCACAACGGCCAGUGCUGUGAAGGCCGGUGAGGUGGGCGCUCGUUCUGCUGUUGUAUCAUGGAAAUCCCCCAGUGUUGCGUUCAGCAGAUACAGAGUGACCUAUCAGACGGCAGGAGAGGAGGUCAAGGAGGUGAUUCUGGACUCCACAGUGACGGAGUACAAGCUGACUGGACUGUUCUCUAUGUCUAAGUACACAGUGCUGGUACAGGGAGAGAGAGAGGGGCAGUACACAUCUAUUGUCACCACUGAGUUUAUCACAGGUAGGUUAAUCUUUCCCAUUCCCCACGGAGGUGCUUCCCAUUCCCAGGAGCUGCUGAACGGAGCGCUCCAGUCAGGAGAGGUGGAUCUUUACCCAGAGGGCAAGGAAGGGAAGGCAGUCAGAGUCUACUGUGACAUGGAGACUGAGGGAGGAGGCUGGACAGUGUUCCAGAGGAGAAUGAACGGGAAGACAGAUUUCUUCAGAACCUGGAGUGACUACACUAAUGGCUUUGGAAACCUUAGCGAGGAGUUCUGGCUCGGUAAUGAGCUGCUUCACAACCUGACCAGCAUGGGCCCGGUGAGCCUGAGAGUGGACCUGCGUUCAGGCAACGAUACGGCCUACGCCCAUUACUCCAGCUUCACCAUCGACUCAGUGGAAAAACACUACGCCAUCGAGGUGUCUGGAUACACCGGCACUGCAGGUGACUCCAUGAGGUACCACAACGGGCGCCCAUUCUCCACCAGAGACAAGGAACCCCUCCCCCUGGGCAUCCACUGUGCCAGGGCCUACAUGGGCGGCUGGUGGUACAAAAACUGCUACAAGACCAACCUCAACGGCCUCUAUGACACCAAAAGCAACAACCAGGGUGUGGUGUGGAUAGACUGGAAGGGCAAAGACUCGUCCAUUCCCUUUACUGAGAUGAAGUUCCGACCGGCCGGGAUCUCCAUCACAACCCACGGAUAAGACUGUCCUCUGGCUCGUCCACCCCUAAACCCUUUCUUUGAGAAACAGGAAAGUGGAGCACCAAGAGACCAUAAACGUGUGGAUGUCACACUUCCUGCAUCUCAAAUUCCACCUCAACUUGCAUGUCCAGUGGUCUUAACAGCCGUCACGACAGACAGCGUAUCAGUCUGUACUUGUACAGUGCAGUGCACCAGGCUCCUGUUCUGUACCUUUAUCAUGCUGUCUCUCUCAGCUGUAUCUGUAGACAGGAAAUAUUUGUGAUUGCAGCAUUUUGUAUAGUAUUGUUUUAUGACCCAACUCUUACCGUCUCCAACUCAAUGACUGUUCUACUGCUCUGACACCAAAGCAUCUCUACCUGAUGCACAUCACAAGGUUACCACCCCACUACUACUGUAAUAAAACAUGCACUGUCUCACUCUAUUGCAAUAAAUGAGGCACAUGAAUGCCUGG